UGGCGCUCCCCACACUGGAAGGUUCAUUCUUUUCUCAUCCUCCCUCAGAGGGCAGCGCGCUCCGUCCUUGUUUUCUCCGCCAUUUUGAAGGAGUCGCGACGCAGGGAGAAGGAGCAGUCUACCCCAGCACCGUUAAUUGGCCUGCGCAGUCACAGCACAACAAUCUAUCGCCGCCGCGAAUAUGAGCUCCCCGGUGAACGUGAAAAAGCUGAAGGUGUCGGAACUGAAGGAGGAGCUGAAGAAGAGGCGGCUGAGCGAUAAGGGUCUGAAGGCCGACCUCAUGGAGAGGCUGCAGGCCGCACUGGACGAGGAGAGCACCUCCGGCGGCGGUGUGGUCGGGGCAGUGUCUGGAGAAGGGAUGGACGCUGGGGAGGAAGCGGAGCAGGGCACAGGAGAGGACGAGGAAGAAGAGGAGGACGAGGAAGGCAUGGAGGUCGGCGGAGAGAAUGGAGGCGAGGCGGCCCACGGCGAGGAAGCUGAAGCCGCGGGCGCCAGCCAGGAAGACGAGAAUGGAGACGACCAGGGCUUCCAGGAGGGGGAGGAGGAGGAAGACGAGGAGGAUGAGGGCAUCCCCGUAGGCCUAGAAGAGGAGGAGGAGGAUGACGAUGAUGAGCAGGGCGAGGAGGCGGCGAAGGAGGAGGAAGGAGCGGCGCCUAGCGGCCCGCAGCCUCUCAUGGCCAUCAAGUGCGAGGAGGCGGGAGCGUCCGCCCGGGGCGACGGGAAAGAUCAAAAGGAUAAAAAACGUGGUGUGAAAAGACCACGAGAGGAUCAUGGUCGGGGCUACUUUGAGUAUAUUGAAGAAAAUAAGUACAGCAGGUCCAAGUCCCCACAACCACCAGUUGAAGAGGAAGAUGAACAACUGGAUGAAACCAACGUUCUUCUUGACACUUAUAACUGUGAUCUUCACUUCAAAAUCUCCCGGGAUCGGUUAAGCGCCACUUCCCUCACUAUGGAGAGUUUCGCUUUCCUGUGGGCUGGUGGCAGAGCCUCAUAUGGUGUCACAAAAGACAAAGUUUGUUUUGAGAUGAAGGUGACGGAAAAGGUGCCUGUGAAGCAUUUGUACUCUAAAGACAUUGAUGUGCAUGAAGUACGUGUUGGAUGGUCCUUAAGCUCCUGUGGAUUCAUGCUGGGUGAAGAUGAAAACUCUUAUGGCUAUUCACUAAAAGGAUCCAAGUCUUACAAUGGCGUUGCUGAGGAGUAUGGCGAGAAAUAUGAUGAGAAUGAUGUAAUCACCUGUAUGGCGAAUUUUGAAGGUGAUGAAAUCGAGCUUUCUUAUGCAAAAAAUGGCCAGGACCUCGGAGUGGCUUUUAAAGUUGACAAAGACGCACUAUCUGAGCAACCCCUUUUCCCACAUGUCCUUUGUCACAAUUGUGCUGUGGAGUUUAACUUCGGCCAGCAAGCUGAACCAUUCUUUCCAAUUCCUGAAGGAUUUAAAUUCAUUCAGAAUGUCUUGCUUGAAGAUCGUGUGAGAGGACCAUUAGGGCCAGAAGAAAAGAAGGACUGCGAGGUUAUCAUGAUGAUUGGUUUGCCAGGAGCUGGGAAAACCACUUGGGUCAAUCAGCAGGUUUCUGAGAAUCCCGGGAAAUAUAAUGUCCUUGGAACAAACAAUAUUAUGGAAAGAAUGAUGGUUGGUAAUAAAAAGAUGACUGACGCUGUAAAACUGAAUGCAUUGCUCCAGAGGGCCCCACAAUGCCUUAGCAAGUUCAUUGAAAUUGCUGCUCGGAAGAAGAGACACUUCAUUCUAGAUCAAACAAACGUAUCCGCUGCUGCUCAGAGGAGAAAAAUGUGCUUGUUUGCUGGAUUUAAGCGUAAGGCUGUUGUUGUGUGUCCAAGUGAUGAGGUUUAUAAAGAGAGAACACAAAAGAAAGCAGAGGUUGAAGGAAAGGAUCUUCCUGAACAUGCGGUGCUUAAAAUGAAGGGGAACUUUACACUACCGGAAGCCAGCGAGUGCUUUGAUGAAAUUGUUUAUGUGGAACUGCAAAAAGAAGAGGCCGAGAAACUUGUAGAGCAGUAUAAAGAGGAGAGCAAGAAAUCUCUUCCUCCUGAGAAGAAACAAAACAUUGGCGCAAAAAAACCCAACAAGAACAAAAACAAGUCCAGAGGUGGACAUGGGCACGGUGGGCAUAGAGGCCGUGGAGGUGGAGGCUUCAAUAUGCGUGGAGGAAACUUCCGCGGUGGAGCUCCUGUGAAUCGUGGAGGAUUUAACAGGAGGGGUAACAUGCCACAGCGAGGUGGUGGUGGUGGAGGAGCAGUUGGUUAUCCAUAUCCUCGUGCGCCAGCCUAUCAUAACAGGGGUGGUUACAAUAACCGUGGGAACUUUGGUCGUGGUGGUGGAGGUGCUUCAAUGCCCAGUCGUGGAAACUACAAUCAGAACUUUAGAGGAAGGGGAAACAACCGUGGCUUCAAAAACCAUUCUCAGAGUUACAACCAGUGGCAGCCGCAGCAGCAGGGCUAGCUUGGCUUGUACCGUGUAACAACGUACUUGUUUGAACAGCACAAGUGACGGGUCUUCCAAUAAACGUGGGUUUUGUAAAGGUAAAGGUGAUGUUGCUGAAGACACAGUAAUCGUAGUACCUAGUCCUGAGCAGUGGUGAUGGUACACAUACUGCACAAGGGUAAUUGUGUCACAUGGGUAUUUCUUUGGUUCUCCUACACAUCUCAUAAUAUCAACUCCAAGAGUGUUCACUUUGCCUAUAUUAAAGUAUAUUCCCCUAUGGGUAUGGAUGUCAUCUGACAGUUUUUCUGAGGUGCCAGCACUAGCUUGGCUUACAUUGUACUAAUUGUUAGGAAGAUCAACUGGGAAGUAAGUAGAUGACUGCCUUCAUUUCCCUCUCCGCCCUGAUAUUCAAAGGCGGUAUCUUACGUUUUGCAGAAAUGUCUAGUAAUUUGGUGCUCUGGGCAUAUAUGGCACUACGUGAAAAUAGGUGAUCUGCCACACGUCCAUGCCAUAGGUGAUCCACCAUGUUUCAUACUUUGAAAAGACUUGAAUGCAUAUAUUUCUCUUCUCUCUCUCUCCCCCCCCCCCCCCCCUCGGUUCCACAAACGGUAUAAAAAUGCCAGUUCUUGGCAUAUUGCAUACAGAGUGAAUGUCUACAAUGUGACCAUGAACAGACAUUACCACUGUGUCCCUCAUUCCUGUGUCAUUACCAGAAGCCCUGUAUCUUCCCCCCAUAAAUAGCACUGCUAUUAUCUGGACCCUAUUGCCUACAGGUGGCAUGUGACUAGUGCCUGGUUUUAGUUAAUACCUGUUGGUUUUUGGGUCACAUCUCAGAAUAUGCUGUUGCAUAUGUACAUGAAACCCACUUUUUCUGGUCAUGUGAUUUGUAUUUUGCAUAUUUCACUAGGUUCUCCCUCUGCAGGCUACAUAAUAUGUUCCCCCUGAGCUAUUGGUGGAAUACUGCCUGUCAUCUUGUCUCCCAUACACUGCACACAAACUAGAGGAUAUACUGUUCAGACAAGCAGCAGCAUGGAAUACAUUAUGGAGAAAUGCUAAGAAAUGUAGAUCUGAAUCCGGUAGCUGUGAGAGCACAACAGUAUUAGCUGCAGCAACAUGUGUGUGUCUCUCUGUUGCCCUGCUCCUUCUCUCUCCAUAUAUCUCAAUGCGCUUCUAUGAAUGGUUUAGGACAGUGAUGGCGAACCUUUUACAGACAGAGUGCCCAAACUGCAAUCCAAAACCACCUUAUUUAUCGCAAAGUGCCAACAUGGCAAUUUAACCUGACUACUAAUACAGUAUAUCUUCCAA